GUUGCCACUCCCUACCCUGCGGGGCCUGCAAGCCGCUCCGCUGGCACUCCGUGGGCCACUAGCCGUGGGGGCCUUGUUCCUCUAACGAGGAAUUGGGCUGCAAAAGUCUCCUCGCAGAGGAGCUAGGCACCACGCCAGUGGCUCUCCCCGAGCAGGGGCCAGCGGAGCGUCCUACAGACCCCGUAGGGUAUCUAUACGUGUGUGCCUACCUUACUGGCUUCAGACUCACCAGUCUCUCCCCUGAUUCUUGUCCGUUUUUUUGUCGUUCUUGUUUGUUUUUCCCUCGCAAUCUCCUUCCCUUUUUUGCUUUUUCGCUUUUUCGCUUUUUCCUUUUUUUUGCCUGUGUGACAUCAUCAUGUUUCCAUGGCACGUGAUCACCGCCUGGUGUCCUGGUCGUUGAGUCAUAUGGAACAUUUCUUUUUUUUUUCACUUUAAAAGCCAACGGGUUACCUAACCAAAGUGAAUCAUUGUGUUGGUUUCUUUUUUUCCAUCCUUUCUUGAAUUCAGCUUGUAUUCCUGGAACACUUACACCAUCCCAGGAGACCAUACACCCCGUAACAUAGAAUCACAAUGUCGCUAGAAAACUCAUAUAAUUCCGUUCUUGAUCUUCAAGAUCCGAACAUGAUAAGCCGUUCAUCCGGUUGGAUUGUCCAGAAAUUCGGGGGUACUUCGGUCGGAAAGUUCCCCGAGGGCAUAGUUGAUAACAUUGUCAAGGUUUUCAACCAACGUAGUAGGGUUGCCGUGGUAUGUUCUGCUCGGUCAUCCAACACCAAGAGUGAAGGUACCACGUCUCGAUUGAUCCGUAGUGCUGACUUGGCACUGGAAAACGGAGAUUAUCAAACUCUUUUAAGAGUCAUUGAACAAGACCACGUGGACAAUGCCCGUAACAAGAUCAAAUCCGAGGUCAUUCAAAACAAACUUGUGGCCGAUACAAAACACGAAAUUGAAAGAGCCGAGGAACUUCUCAAGGCUUGCCAGGUAAUUGGUGAGAUCUCGCCUCGAACCCUUGACUUGAUCAUGUCGAUUGGGGAGAAAUUAAGUUGUUUAUUUAUGGCAGCCUUGAUGAAUGAUCGUGGUGUUCGUGCGAAAUACAUUGAUUUGUCGGACAUUAUCCCGUUGGAUUAUGACUUUGCCAAUGGGUUUGAUGAUGAUUUCUAUGGAUUUUUGGCCAAAAGCAUGGCUAGAUUGGUUGAAGAUGACGAUCAAGAGGUUGUUCCGGUGCUCACCGGGUACUUUGGGACCGUUCCGGGCGGGCUUCUCAACGGAGUUGGCCGAGGCUACACCGAUUUGUGUGCUGCACUUCUUGCCGUGGGGACCUCGUCGGAAGAACUUCAGAUUUGGAAAGAAGUUGAUGGGAUCUUCACUGCAGACCCUCGUAAGGUGCCCAAUGCUCGAUGCCUUGAAAGUGUGACCCCGGAGGAAGCCGCGGAACUCACCUAUUAUGGGUCCGAGGUGAUCCAUCCGUUCACCAUGGAACAAGUGAUCAAGGCCAAGAUCCCAAUUCGGAUCAAAAACGUGGUCAACCCGACUGGUGCGGGGACCAUCAUCUACCCGGACAACGUUGCACGUCGUGGUGAGGACACCCCUCCACACCCUCCAGUGGCGUAUGAGACACUCCUGUCGGUAUACAUUGCCACCCACCGUAAACGGUCCGCCACCGCAAUCACCGCCAAACAAGACAUUGUGGUGAUCAACGUCCAUCUGAACAAGAAAACGUUGUCCCAUGGGUUCCUCGCCCACAUCUUCACCACCUUGGACAACUACAAGCUUGUGGUUGAUCUCAUUCUGACGUCCGAGGUGCACGUGUCCAUGGCGCUCCAGAUCCAACCAGACCAAUCACAGGCGCUCAAGCACGCGCUCAAGGAGUUGAACCGCAUGGGGACCGUCGACGUCACCCGCAAGAUGACCAUCAUCUCGCUCGUCGGGAAACAGAUGGUGAACUUCAUCGGGAUCGCCGGGAACAUGUUCAAGGUGCUUGCCGACGAGAAAAUCAACAUCGAAAUGAUUUCCCAGGGGGCCAACGAGAUCAACAUUUCGGCCGUCAUCAACGAGAAGGACACCCUUCGUGCGCUCCAGAGCAUCCAUGCGAAGCUCUUGGAGGGCAAGUACGACUUGGAGGAGACCCAGAGCGCGGUUGAUUUGCGCUUGGAGGCCUUGAAAAUGAGCUAAACCCCCCGCACCCCCCCCCCCUGAUUUAAUUUGUAUAUAGAGGCAACAUAGAUAGAGUAGGACACUACACACACACACCCCUGAACCACAACGCCCCCCGUAGUCUGUAACCUUGGCCCACUCCUCGUAGGCGAGCCUGUGGAGCGUCUAGCUGAGCGUCUAGCUGAGCGUCUAGCUGAGCGUCUAGUUGAGCGUCUAGCUGAGCGUCUAGCUGAGCGUCUAGCGGACCCGGUAGGGUGUGGCCACUCCCUUCCCGGUGGGGCCUGCAAGCCCUUCCAUGGACCACUA